CGCAUCACAUUAUGAAAUUGACUAGCCGCAAUUUCACAACAGGCAGAUGAUAUUUCUUCUCACCUCGUCCCUUUUCUUUCUUUCUUUUUAACUGGCUUGCAAGCUGAUCUUGGAUACAUAAAAUGUCUGUUUUUAGGAAGAGGGGAAGUGCACAGGGCAAAAUGACUAUGCCUUUCCUUCUUGUGGUUUUGAUGGUGCUAUGGUUUGCUCAUGCUUAGGGCGUGCCUUCCUACGUAAGGCGGUGACUCAGUUUUUUGCUGGAGGUAUGGCCAGCCAGAGUGUCUUAUAAAAGAGCCGAAAGCAAGCAGCAGCAGCAGAGCAACACACCAGAGGAAGGAGGAGAGAAAACUUCUGGCACAGCACAAUCCUAGACGCGACUCCGUCCGGCACAACAUGGCACUGAAGAUGUUGUUCGUCUUUCUGGCCUCUUGGCUGGUCUUGGCAAAUUCGGCCACUGUUGCUCCCAAAGGCGACGGAGGUGAAGAACGACCCCCACCACCUUCUGGAGACCUAUCUCAGCACGAAAUCGACCUCUCUGCGAUGCGGCCGGAUAUCCCGCUUCAAAAGAUUAUGGAUGACGAUUUGCCCUUCGCCUUCAGCCCCAGAGGCAGAAGACCCUUCUGUUACGGCGGUCUUUUGUGCAACCGGCAACCACCCUGGUACAGGCUAGAGGAAUUCCCCCCUGCCCGCCCCACCCUCAGCAACAUUGACAACAUCUGUGCAGGAGAAAGGAAGAAGGUGUCCUACGGUCCGUGGAACUUGCCCCAAACAGGCUUCAGCCAUCUCUCUCGCCAGGGAAAGGCCCUCAACAACCUGGAGAAAGGUUUCGACCGGUGUUGCCGGCUGCCCAGGGAUGAGAGAUUGUCUUGCUCCAACACGGUGUGGUUGGACGCCCUGGAGAAGUUCUGCUACUCCGAGGGCACGAUCAAGACCAAGCCUUUCCACUGCUGCAAGCUGAGAGACCUUAGGAGGGAGCUCUGUUUCGCCGACGAGGCCCCUUUUCCAAAUUACGACUUCAAUGGCACUGACGACGAAUGGCCGGACAAGAAGCCGAGUACCCAAGUCCUGGUGCUUCCGACCCUCUCCUUCCCUCCCAGCGAACCCACCGCCGCCAACAUCAAGGACGUUUGCGAGCUGCGCAAAUUUCGGCUCACUUACCCCCCCAGCAGUCUCCCGCAGCCGUUUUACGACUGGUUCAUGCGCCAGGCCCGGACCAUCAACCGCCUGGGAAAAGCGCUCAAGAAAUGUUGUCGCAAGGCGGACGUGGGCUGUGCCCACAGAGGGUGGGAAAAAACCCUGACGCAAUACUGCAAGGAAGAGUUCGCGGUGAAGGACAAACGCGACCACUGCUGUAACGUGGAGAUGUCGGAAGCAGACUACAGCUGUUUCGCCAGCCAGACUCCAUACCCAAAGUACAACGCAGAGAUUGGCUUGGUCAGUUUGGCUGAGAUCACCCCGGCGCUCCUGGACACAUUCUGCGGUCAAUACACACUUCUUACCAAGCAGAGACAUAUACCUGCUUUAGUCCAGAACAUCACAGAGACCUGUUGCAAGCUGCAGGGCACUGAGAGGACUCAGUGUGCUGAGGAAGUGAAAUCCCAGUUCAUCACCGCCCUCUGCGGCACGCAGAGAAAUACGUGGAGGGACUCCAAGGAAUGCUGUUCCCAGUCUGAAGAGCUGGCCCGUAACAACUGCUUCAACGUCAACUACCUGGCCAGUGUGCCUCUCGUCAGUGUUAUACCCACUGUUCCGGUCCCCAGCGCUGCACCCACCGCCCGCCCAGCAGAGCCGGCCGUGUGAAUCCGGACAGACUUACUUGUGUCUUGCUAAAACACACCUUACCCUCCACCUCCCCCAGACUGUCCUUCUCUUUCUGGCUGGUUCCAGUUCUGUGCUUGGGGAGUGGGUUAGUUGCUUUCUUGGCCUACAGGCUGUCGUAAGACGUUGCCCCCAACCCAAGCCAAGGAGGGGGGAGACUUUAAGCACCCUGCAUGCACCGAAUUUCCACUCCAAGAAGGCCUCUUGAAGCCCUCGCUUAAACGCACUUUACCUCCUAGGCAGUAGCGAUAAAUGAAAAACAUCUGAGGUUCUGAAACGAGGGUCGGGAACCUACGGUCCGCGAGUCUCAUCCAGCCUGUCUGACCUACUAGAUUGUGCCUUGCUUUCUGUUUUGAUUUUGGUCUUCCGUGCUUGAAGCACUAAAGGGUGUUUGCUUUCAACCUGGGAAUUUGCGGGGGGAAAGGGCCAAAUGUUUCUCUCGUCCCUGAGCAUCACUCCCCACGCAGCAUAAACCUUCACCAAUUGCCAAAGUUUAUUUCAUGCCUUUCAGAUCUCAGCGAGGUCUCUGGGGAGGUUUCUGUGGGCAGUGGGUGGGGAGACGGUGCUGAAAUCCUUCCUGCAAAGAGGAAAGUUGCUUUUCGAUCUGUGCUAAAACUAAAUGGAUCCAACUGGUCUCCAAGGACUGGAAUGGCGGCCAAUGUAUUUUUUUAAAAACAACAACAACAUUGUAAGCGGAGCAAGGAACUCAAAGCCUGAAGGGGUUGGAGAAAGUGUAUUUAUUUCUGAGCCACUCUUCUGCUGAAUUCAAGAAGUGCAGAUUUGCCACCAGCAUCCGUUAGAGUCCUGAACCAACAGUGGCACACGGUGAUUGAUGAAAGCUGCCUGGCGCCUGCUGAAACCCUAAAGGCAACAAUUCUGACAAAAUUGCAUUUCAGCAUCUUGAUCUUGAUGCCCCAGUUGUAACUCCUUGCUCAUCUUGUAACAAAAUGCUUGUACAGAUCUCUGCCAGAGGCAAACAGGCUCCAAUAAACCACUUUUUGGAAGAAUA